AUGCCUGUCGGUGGCUUCUCUUCACAGCGCAAAGGGGCUGUGGGGCAGGGAACAGACGUGUACUGCGAGUUGCUCUUUGCCGGCUUCCCUCCGCGUGGACAUCAGGCGUCAUUCACCGCCACAUUCAUCCAAGGCUUCUUCACCCACUACGGUGAGGUGCGGCACUUCAUAUACGACGCGGACCGCGGGAUCGGCAGCGUCACAUUCGUCGACGGCGAGGUGGCCGUCGGCUGCUACCUCGCCAUGCACCUCUCCCUCCUGUCACCGCCGGGGAGUGAAGGGGACAAUAAAAACAACAACAACAACGGCAGCAGUACGGCCGAGCUGUUUCUCAUUUACCUGGAGUUCGCGCAGUUCUGUCCGUUCGUUAACCCAAGCCUGCUGCUUGUGGGAGAGUUGAGCCGGCGCAGCCUCCGCCACAGCGCGAAGCUGGUGGCGCAGCGCAUCGCAAGUAGCAGAAAAAAGAACCGAAACAGCCCCGUGGCGGCGUCGGCGGUGGCGGCGCAUGUCGUGGUGAUGUGGAACGAUGCCGAUGAGAAGAAAAGGGGAGGGGCCGAGUCUAAGGUGCGGCUUGUGCGCGAUGGGCCGCACUUCCCAUUGGCAGACGCGAAUGCCAUCACCGCGCUUGAUAGGGCGCUUUGGAGCGCCCUUAAGCCCGACGGUCCUCCCAGUGCAGCUGGUGACACCGUCACCGUGCUAGAUCUCUGGUGGGAGUACUACCAACGCUACGUGGUGCACAAGACAGAGCCGGAGGCGAGUCGCAUCAAAGACCCGUACUUCAAUUACGCGCAGAAGGCGACAGUGGCACAGGAGAUAUAUCAGGCACUCAAACUGAGCCGAGAGGAUGCUGACGGCGAUGUGCAACACGCUAAGGCGGUGGUGGGGCGUCUCACAAGCGAUGACGUGUACCACAGCGUGUGCGGAUAUCUCUGCUUCAAGCUGUGCCUCCGCAACGACCCGAGCUGGGCAAGUCUCGCGCGCGAUGUCGCCGCCACUGGCGGUGCGGCAACAGGAAUUGCCGCUGGCACCAGCAGCGAAGACGGAAGUAACCGAGAUGAUGUGGGAGACGAUGACAAAAGGGUCGAGGCGGCCGAGGCCGCGCUGUUGAAGUUACCGCUCCUGCAGGCAGCCUCCAAUCUCAUCGACAAUGUCCGCUUCCUCCGUCGUGUUCGGUCUGGCGAGGUCACAGCCAAUAAUAGCCCAGCAAAGGCGAAUGAAGAGAACGACACAUCGUGGAGAAACUACCCGACUAGCAGCCGCCGAGAGGAAGAGGACUUCUACAUGGAGGUGCUGCACACUCUGGAUGGCUUCGCCCCCUCGGCAAAGGCCGUCUCGUUGCUGUCGAUGUGUGAGGACCCGCAUACCUUCCGCGAUGUGAAGGGCCACAUUGGGUGGGACGAGCUGCACAAGAAGAAGAAAUCCAACUGGUGGGUGAUGUGCCAAGCAAUCACAGUGGCGCUCCUGCUGAUGGCGUUCGCGUCGUGGAUUUCGAUGCAGGUGGCGCGUUGGAUGGGCAUCACGCACUUCGACGGGCCCCGAAGCGUCGGCAGAAGCGGCGCUGGCGUGCCGUUCCGUCGACCGGAAAUUAACAUCCGUCUGGAAGAGCUCCGGGAAUUCUGA